AUGGAAACGCUCGCCACAGAAAUCGUUAUCCAGAUCCUUGACAACCUCCAAGCCCCGGCUAUUAAGCAAGUCCGUCUAACGUCCCGGUUCUUCAACACCAUACUUGCAAAGCGAACCUUUGAAGUACUUGUAUCAUUUCUCGAUCCGGUCGUUGCUCAAGACACCCUUAUGAGGAUCGCGCGAGACCCAGAACGACGCCGCCAACGACCGUCUAUCUGGUCACCAAGAUGCAGCGUGCCACAGAAUCUGCACAUUGACGAAUCGUUCCUAAUGGCGCUGUGGGCUGGCUUGCGUGGGCAGUCAUGGGUUGUGGAGAUGGGUGCAGAUGGGGUCAAGUUGGAUAUAGAUAACUGGCAGAUCGGAGUGGGGAGAAGCAUACGCAAAGAGGAGUUGAGGGAGGUUCUGUUUCGAUAUGCACUUUAUUUGAGUUAUAUGAGCGAGUGUGAAAACGAACAAGACGUACCACAGGCUUGGGUUUUCAAUGCGAUCUGCAGCAAAGCAUAG